AUGAUGUAUGACAUUAGUGCUACAUCCCAGUUCAAACAGAGCGCGCUUUAUAAGCACAAUAAACAAAUGUCUGACCAAAUUAAAUUUGACUUCAAUAACUUUCAAUUUAAAAAUAACCAACAAUUACAAAAUAGAGAUCUAAUGAACGACCAUUACGAUAAUACCUUUGCCAAUAAAACCAGUAUGCAAACCUCUUUUGUUGGUCAUGCUUUUAAUCCAUCAUUCCAAUUCGAUACUAUUGACUUUGAUGACAAAGGCACCUUUUUCGAUAUUAAUAAAGCUCAAAACCCAAAGAAUAGGAUUCUGGCUAUGCUGGAAAACGAAUCUAGAUCUAAUACUGCUACUAUUGAUUCUAAUUUUCAGGCUGGGGUUUCUAACUCGCUUAAUAUUGAUUUAUUAGAUGACCCUUUCAAGGUGGAUGAACAGAUUACUCGUAGUGAUGACAUCUUCCCUAACUUACCAUUCCCAUUUUCAACAGAGGACUCAAAUAUAAUUACUCCUUCAUUUGAAAGCAGGAGUACUUCUAAUGACUCUAAUUUUGAAAUUGUCGAUGUCACAACACCGGUCGUAAGCCGUAGCAGCAAUUUUAGCAACGCAGAUAAUAUCCCGAUGCCAAAGGAGUUUGAUAUAAAGCAUUUGCAUCCAACUAUUCCACCUAAAACCAAAGAGCCAACUUCUAAAAGACAAAUUAAGGUCAAGAAAGAAAAAACUCCUGUAUGUGUGGAAACUGCAAAACCAUCAGAUGCCGAUAACAAUAAAGAGGACUUGAUAUGUACAAAUUGCGGCACAACCAACACGCCACUCUGGAGGAAAGAUAUCGAUAGAAAGCCUUUAUGUAAUGCUUGUGGUUUAUUCUUUAAGCUUCAUGGAGUGAUGAGGCCCUUAUCUCUCAAAACAGAUGUAAUAAAGAAGAGGAAAAGAACUGCAAAAAUAAAAACUAACCGCCAUGUAACAGGCAAAAUAAAUCUUAGAGAUAGGAAGAGAAAGAGUAAUCCCUCCAAAAAAGACAAUAAAAAAUCCAUCACCAAACGUCAGCAGCCGUCUAAUAGCAAGAGCUCAAUUGGUAGCAAAAGUACAGCAUUGUUUAAAUCUGACAAAUGCAGUAGUUCUGGUUGUAACGAAACAGCUGAUUUGACAACUCCUGGUAGUGAAUCAACUAGUGUCAGUAGCACUGAGACUAUCUUUGAUAAUUCACAAUCUAUAAGUCUCUCAAGUUCAUCUACAGAUCUGAAAGAUAGCAACCAUGGGUUUUUGCCAUCAAAUUGGUCUGAUUUUCAGUCCUCAGAUGGCGAUCUUCCAAAUUUCUCUGUUGAUUUCGAAUUUGGUGUGGUUGAUGAUCAUAAUUCGAUUUAUCCAUUACCUGUGUUUCAGUAUGAGUAA